AACAAAGGCUAGACAUUCUAUACAAAUAUCGCAACUCUUUUGUGUUUAUUUAUGAACGCCGUUGUUGCCAGUCAAAAUAAAAAUGAUAGAAGCUUCAGUAAUAUGGAAAGCGAAAGCAGCAGUAAUGUAGAAAAGUCUGAAAAAGAAAAUCAUCAUCAGAGCUUGCCAGAUGAAAACUGGACGCCCUUCCUCUUCUUUUGUAUCUCAUCAAUAGCACUUGCAUCAUUUCAAGACGGGUUUCAAAUAGGGUGCAUUAAUGCUCCGGGUCCCCUAAUUAUUGACUGGAUCAAAAAGUGUCAUUUCGAAUUAUUUGGAGAAGUUCUUUCACAGUACCAGGCUGAUUUCAUAUGGUCAGUUGCCGUUUCCAUGUUCUCUGUUGGUGGAAUGUUUGGAAGUUUCUGUUCUGGUUUUCUUGCUGAUAAAUUCGGCAGAAAAUCGACUCUACUCUAUAACAAUAUUCUCGCUUUACUGGCAGCAGUUUGUCUUUCAACUUCAAAAUUGUUCAACUUUUACCCAAUGAUCGUGUUUGGCCGGUUCCUUGUAGGACUAAACUGUGGUAUCACAUCUGGCCUGGUGCCAAUGUUUCUUACCGAGUUGGCUCCAGCGAACCUACGUGGCAAAUGUGGAUCCUUUCACCAGUUGAAUAUAUCUGUAGCGAUAGUUCUCUCGCAAGCUCUUGGUCUUCCGCAGAUUUUUGGAACACAAGUAGGAUGGCCAUACAUUUUUGCAUGUGUGGCUAUUCCAACAUUCCUGCAACUUGCGACGAUUCCAUUUUGCGUGGAAUCUCCGAAAUACUUGAUCUCCAAGCUUAACGACAGAGAAGAAGCUCGUCGAAUUUUAGAGAAACUGAGAGGGCACACAAAAGUCGACGAAGAGCUCGAGCACAUGGUGCAGGAGACAAUGGUAACUGUCGAGCCAUUACAUCAACCUGGAUACGUGUCGUUGUUCAAGGGAGAUAAUCAGUGGCCAAUGAUUGUUUCCAUUUUGAUGAUGUUCAGUCAGCAGUUUUCAGGAAUCAGUGCCGUCACCUUCUACUCUACCCUCAUUUUCAAAAGAAACGGUCUAUCUGGAAAUGAGCCAAUGUACGCAACUGUUGGCUUUGGAUGUAUCAAGCUUAUUGCCACGUUUGGAUGUUUAUUCCUAAUAGAUCAUCCUAAAUUUGGAAGAAAACGUCUUCAUAUCGCUGGAUUGUCUGGAAUGUGCAUUUCAUCCAUUCUCAUUGUGAUCACUUUGACAUUAUCAAAUGCCGGAUACCACUGGGCGAGCUACAUGAAUGUGCUCUUCAUUUUGUCAUUUGUUGUCACAUUCGCAUUUGGGCCUGGGCCAAUUCCAUGGUUUUUCACAUCAGAACUUUUCGACUCUGCGACACGUGGAAGAGCUGCUGCAGUGUCGGCCACGAGUAAUUGGGUGGCCAAUUGGAUGGUUGGACUCACAUUCUUGCCAAUAAAUAACAUUAUUCACCAGUACGCCUUCCUCAUGUUCACUUUCUUCACCUUCACAUUUGCCAUUUUUACUUGGAAGUUUGUUCCGGAAACAAAAGGAAAAUCACCGUCUGCUAUUAGAAAAGAGUUGGCUUUCAUGAGAAAACGGAUAUGUUCAUAGUCGGGAUUAGAAUCAAUCAUGCUUUAACUAGACUGUUAAUGUUAAUAAAAUUUGGGUAAUUGU